AUGUUGCCAACGGACUUUGUAUGCCAUGGUUGCUCCGAGCACUCGAUCGUCCGCGUUGAACCAAUUUCCGAUCAAGAAAAAAUGAUUAUUCCCCCAAUUGCUUCUUCAUAUUCUUCUUCUUUACCUUAUUUCACAAUUUAUUUUAAUUUCAGUAUUCUACAACACUUUUGGUAUACACAACCCAAUAAUCUAGAAUCCGUAUUGAUGGGUUGCACAUAUGUAGGUUCAGCCAAGUCAUACGAAAUCAUUCUUCAUCGUUCCGAUAUCAAGCUCUAUCAAAGAUUAGAUUGCGCUAUAUCAGAUGUGCUUACUCAUUUUAAGAAUGAGUUUGAAAAUCAGUAUCGCACUAUAAUUGAACUUACAACUCUCAAAUUGCAAAGCAUCAUGACUCCACAGAUGUUAGAGGCAUGUGUGGAUGUGACAUUAGUGAUUGAUCAUCAUUGCGAUGGUGGAAUUUUGUUAGCAAUGGAAGAAUCAUUCACAAUUAAUAAAUCAUCAAUAGAGUUGCUAGAGCCAAUUGAAACUGAUGAAAGAAAUAACAACGAUGAUUGUUUGGUAUGUCUAGAUGACAUAGGGGAGGAAACUCAAGUACUGCGUUUGCCUUGCUCUCAUAUGUUUCAUGGAGAUUGCAUUACAAAGUGGUUAGAAAAUAGCCAUUACUGUCCGCUUUGCCGCUUUCAGAUGCCCACAGAUUAG